AUGCGAAUCCUCGUCUCUGUUUCAUCAUUAAAUAGACAUGCUGUUGCAACAAGAGAGGAUGUUGGCACCCCCAAAGCCCUUUGCCUCAAGAAGCAUUUCUUAUCAAUUUUCCCGGAGUGCCAUGUCAAUGCAAAAGUGAUGCUAUAUGAUUCAUCAUCUGAAGAAGAAAUUCUUUCCGGGGAUCCUGAUUUUGUCCUAGAUUGCAUUGACAAUAUUGACACAAAGGUGGCACUUCUUACUGCAUGUGUACAAAGGGGUCUGAAAGUUUUAUCUGCAACAGGAGCUGGGGCAAGAGCUGAUCCAACAAGAAUCCGUGUAGCUGACUUGAGAGAAUCAAUCAACGAUCCAUUAUCUCGAGCAGUCAGACACCGUUUAAGGAGAGACUAUGGAAUUGAAGGUGGUAUUCCUGUAGUAUUUUCAUUAGAGAAACCCAAGGCAAAGUUGCUUCCAUUUAAGGGACCAAGUGCAGAAGAAGAAAAUCCUUCAGAUUAUCAGUUAAGCACAUUGUUUUUUCAGUUGAAAAAGAAAAUUAGUUUUUUUGUCAUAUAUUACUCGUAUUCUUGUACAAAGGGAUUGAUUUUGAACAGUUUUUGUGGAUAUGAGGAAUUUCAUAUAGUGCCAGGGUUCCGGGUUCGAAUUAUUCCAGUUUUAGGAACCAUACCCGCAAUUUUUGGGCAAGUUAUGGCUUCUUACAUUGUGACCCAACUGGCAGGAGUACAAGUAAAUAUGGAGCCAGUGGUGAAUUUUGAUAUGGAUAGUUAUCAAGUGCUCCAUCAGCGCCUUAUUGAGCAUGAAGAGUUACUAUAUGGUACAGCCAUGCAAGUUCAGGUUGGGUCGGCGAACAGUUCAGUUUUAUCUGCUCAUCUGGGUCUCCAUCUGAAUUUGUCUCGAAGGUUCUGUAGCUUGUGUAAAGGGAAAAAGAAAGAUCAUUACAUGCAAUAUGGAGUGAUUAGUUGGCUUUCUGCUGAGGAUAGUUGGUGUUUUGUCCUUAAUAAACUGUUCGGAUUGAAUUUUGAAGGUGCUGUACAGAUUCCUGAUUUUGAUGAGAACGCUCACGUGGACGUCCAAGAGGUCAUGUACAUAGCCAAAGAGUUGUGGCAUGGACGAAGUGCAAGAGAUCAAUCACCUAAAGAUGUUGGGCGUGGAAUGUGGCGUUCCGUCAAUGAGUUAAUGCUCGUGAGAUGGGAUUGCACGAAACCAGCUUCUGUGUCAAAUUUAGUUCUACUGAGAUUCAAAGAGGCUGAUGAACACGAGUUGAGGUCUCUUGAAGAUAUAAAGGAGAAGGAACCAGAAUUUUUCUCCAGGAACGAGAAAUGUUUGGAUAGAGGCUUGCCCCUUCUUUGA